AUGAAUGCCAACAAAGUUUCGCGAUGGAGCCCUUUUCGUCGGCACGGAUUGAGUGGACAGACAGCGGAAGUGGAAGAGAGGGAUGAUGCGCCUGCGAAUGCGAGUACCACACCCGUGACCGGGGCGAAUACGAAAUCGAAACCGAAGACUUGGGAGACGACGGUAGAGAGAGUUGAGAGCUGGCCUGAGGAGGCUCGGCCACUGAAGAAACACACAUGGCUCUCGUAUCUAUAUGGCAUCGGAGAUCUCAUACUGGUACUGCUACCAGUAUACUUCAUUCUACUUGGGGUUGCAGUUAUCGUGCUCAAUGGAAAGCCUACUAAAGGAUCUGACUUCGGUAAGAAAGUUGAGUUUGCCAUGGAUCUGGGUCCGACCAUGUUUCCUAUCGCUUUUGCAGCCAUAUGUGGAAGAAGUAUGAAGAUGAUUGCUCGUUUCCGGGCAGAGAGAGGAGCCAAGAUUAGUACUCUGGAAUUACUCAUGGCUAGUCAGUCCGUCUGGGGAACUGUCGAGAGCCAACUCAACAUGCAGCGACUAACACUCGUCGGUAUCAAUCUGCUCUUUCUCUGGGCCUUAUCACCACUUGGUGGUCAAGCUUCACUGCGGCUUAUGACAAGACAGAAUCGAGACAGCUUUACCGGUGCGAAGCUACGCUAUAUGACUACCGGUACUGGUGGAAGCAUGUGGGGACUCGCUUCUACGUACGUUGGCAGUGGAAAGUUCGCUGAUGCAGGUGCUCUUUACACAGCUGCACUACUGGCGCCCUUGGAUACCAAAACUGGCCCCAGAGAUCCAUGGGGAAACGUCAAAAUCCCAAACCUAGAGUAUCUUAACAGCACUGCAACAGAUGCGGAAGGCUGGAUCACAGUUCCUGAUAUCAAAGAGCCAGAGAUGUACUCAGCGCUUGUUGGGCUCCCCGUGGUUGGACUUCCUCGCACGGGCAAAUCGAACUUCACGAUCGAAUCGACAUAUCUCACAGUAAAAUGCGGCAAUUUCAAACAAUCCCCAUAUCCUGGAAUCAACAAUACAAACAUGGGUAGGACAGAUUUCGCUAAAUUGGAUGAGCUCGUCCCAGGCCAAGUGUGGCUUAACAAAUCUCUAAACAACCCAUUCAAGCCAGUCGAAGGCCGCAUUACAUCCUUCUUCAUUGACACAAACCUUGCAUCACCCUGGGAUCAACAAGACCCAGAAUAUGAUAUGCUGCUAGGACGACUGGAUGCUUUCUUUGGAAAAUACAAUAAAACCCGUCUCAACAAUGAGCAAGCCGUGGAAGCACGACAGCUGACAUACACGUCUGUCUAUGCAACAACUCAGGAUGAUUCAGAAUUUGGAUUGAACAUCGCGCGUUGCACUCUGACUCAAAACCAUGUCGAAGCUAUGGUCGACUGCUCCAGCGACCAAUGUACAACCACAAAGGUCAGAAAAUCACUAUCAGACUUGCGUCCUUCAGCAUUCACAGCGUUCGAGCAUGGUUUGAUCAUGCAAGGUUUUGCACAACAAUUCCCACUUGCAGUCACCUUCAAUGCUGGGUCCAGUCCAACAGAGCGAUACCUGGCGAACAGUUCUGCUUUUCCAUUCAUACAACAAGCCGGCCAUAUAAUGCAAGAUGUCAGCUAUACCAACCUCUCUGUGAUCGAACCCGGUCUAUUCUCCCGAAGGUUGAGUUCGGCGAUUAACACCUACUAUCAACUCACAAUCCAACCGACCGGAUAUUUUGGUAGUUUGUCUCGAAAUCUAUCACUAUACGGACCAGAUACGCUACCUGUCACCGACAUCAACAAGUAUCUACCGAGCGACUCCCCAGCUACGAACACCUCCUUCUUCGAUUGGUAUUCGGCAUUCGAAGAAGGUGUCCAAAGUAGUGACUCUCCGUUCAUAGGAGCGACCACCAAUGCGAGGACGACGACGACAGAAGAAAUAUUUGUUGGCAACCCAGCAUGGAUUUCACUACUCAUGGUUUCUUCGGUGACAGUUUUCACCAUUGGGGCAACAGCGUUGUUACUUAAGCGCCGUACUCUUGGGCCCGAGCUUUUCGGUUUUGUCACAAGCAUGACCUACGAAAAUCCUUGGGUGAAGAUUCCAAGUGGUGGGACCGGGUUAGACGCUCCAGAGCGCUCAAGACUCCUUAAGGAUGUUCGGGUGCACAUUGCUGAUGUGCGCGGGAAUGAUGACGUCGGGCAUAUUGCAUUUGCUGCUGGCGUACCAUUGCGAAAGUUGGAGCGAGGACGCCUCUACUGCUGA